CCCAGGCGAGGCGACAAGUUUGAAGCAUCCGUCAGGAGUGCUGCCUCGUUAUUUUCGCUCAACAACAUCAAACCCAUUCCAAGAGGCUUCCGUAGUAGCAGCAACGGCCACGGCAGCAGUAGCAGCGCACUGCCGCGAUCCAAUCUGCCCACGCGGCCAGCCUAGCCUACAGCCACAAGAUAAAAGCAUCUUCGAUAAUGGGUCUCAUCGCAACAGGCCAGGGCCGCCGCAGCAGCAGCGGCGACGGCGGCGGCGGCGGGCGGCGGCAGCAGCGGCGGCGGAGGGCGUUGCUGCCUGUGCGGAUGGCAGCCAGUGGCGGACUGGUGCUAGUGGCGCUGCUGGCGGUGGCGGUGGCGCAGUUGCAGCACCAGUGGGGCGCUCACGCCUACACGCGGCCCGACCAGCUCCAGGCGCUGCUGGUUCUGCGCAACACCUACAUCAACAAGACGUCAUCAUGGGCCAAGACGCUGUCCCAUUGGAAGUGCCCCACGGACCCGAGUGACUCGGACUCCGCCUGUGACCCAUGCUCUAAGGACUGGAGCGGCAACUGGGAGUACAUCCACUGCCGCGGCUCUGUGGGACCCUACGGCGAGGGCAGCCAGGGCUCCUUCGACGGCCUGGUCACCAACGUGCACAUCACCGACCAAGAGCUGGAGGGCCUGCCGCCGCGCGAGCUGUGCGGGCUGCAGCACCUCCGCGAGCUGGACCUGGAUGGAAGCAACUUCAACGGCCCCUUCCCCAGCUGGACACUCACCUGCUUCUCCGACCUGCAGGAGCUGGACCUGUCCUACAACAGGCUGACGGGGACCAUUCCGGCCGACGUGGCGGCCAGGGUGCCCACCCUGCAGGAGUUCAAGGUGGAGCACAACGAGUUUGUCGGCACCAUCCCGCCCUCCAUGGGCAGCAUGCCACGCCUCCGCGUGAUUCGCUUCGAGUACAACCACAUGCAAGGCACCAUCCCUAAGGAGUUCAGUCAGCUGAAGAAGAACCUCAACACAUUCGAGAUCGCCAGCAAUGACUUCUCCGGCGACCUCAUGCCACUGGCCGAGGCCCGCCCCAUCUCCGUGACGGUGGAGAACAACCCCCAGCUGUGCGGCAUGGUGCCGGCGGGCAUUCGGUUCGCAGCGGGCUACAACCCGGCCGGCACGCGCCUGGGCCAGCCCUGCGACUAAAGCAGCAGGGUACCGUUGCAUGGCGACACGGGUGGCAGGCGGCAGGGCGGCGGGCAAAAUGUGGGGUACAGGACAGGGCGCAGCAAGUAAGGUUGGGCUAGGCUAGGCUAGACAGGGCUGGGCUGGGCUGGGCGGAGGCGCGGAGCUCAAGCCAGCGAGGGCCAGGGGGGUGGGGGAAGCUAGAUCCAGCACAUUGAGAAGGAGUGAAAGACAAAACAUGGGAUGCAUGCUGUGUUGCGAGGCAGGCAGCUGACCACCGGCCAGGCAUUUUGACUCCAGGACGCACCCACACGCACGCAACGGCGGUUUGUCCUCAUAAGCGCUGUAAGAAAUGUUGGAA